AUGAACAACCAGGGGCGGGCCCCAGCCCCUCCCUUAAUCCGGACUCCAGCCCCAGCCCAGGCACCGGUUCAAAACUCGGCCUCUGUCCGGGCCCCUCCCCUAAUCCGGUCCCAGGUCCCAGCCCCAGUCCGGACCCCAGCCCCGAUCCGGCCCUCAGCCCCGACCUCAGCCCCGGCCUCAGGCCCAGUCCGGACUCCAGCCCCGAUCCGGCCCUCAGCCCGGGCCUCAGCCCCAGUCCGGACCCCAGCCCCGGCUUCAGCCCCGAUCCGGACCCCAGCCCCGAUUCAGCUCUCAGCCCCGACCCCAGCCUCAGCCCCAGCCUCCGUCCGGACCCUCGUCCCGACCCCAGCCUCCGUCCCACUUCGGCCCUCAGCCCCGAUCCGGCCCUGGGCCCCGGUCCAGGCUCCUGCCCUAGUCCGGCCUCCGGCCCCAGUUCGGUUCCAGACUCCAGUCCGGUACCCGACUGCGGUCCGGACUUUAACUCCCGUUCGAGCCUCGGUUCCAGUCGGGGCCCCAGUUCGGCCAGGCCCUGCCUCGCUGGCCAACUUCUCAGAACAGGCUGCCGAGCCAGCUUUGCCGAGUGAUGAGGAUCCUUCCCCGUCGUCGCGUCUGAAGCUCGCCCCAUCCGUCACCUCUUUAGCCAGGCUCACCCAGAAUCUUCCCACUCAGACUUCCUUGGCCACCCACAUGCCGGCCCCGACUGUCGGCACAUCAGCCACCAAGGUGACGGAUGCCAGCUCUGAGCCUAGGACCACGCUGUCAGCUAUUUUACCCAUUUCAAGUAGCUCAUUCGCCUCCACCAGUGAGAAUGCCCAUCUGGACAAUAAAAUCGUUGUUCAAGUGAUUUACUGUGGCCUCUGAAGCUAUGGCCUUCGGUACAUUCUACUGAGAAGGAGCCUGGAACAGCAUUUUCCAGAUCUUUUAAUCUUUGAGGAGAGCAUUUCUGCGCAAGCUACAGGAGAGUUUGAAGUGUUUGUGGAUGGGAAACUGGUCCAUUCAAAGAAGAAAGGUGAUGGCUUCGUGGAUGAUACCAGCCUGUGGAAAAUUGUGAGCAGCAUUCAUGAGGUGAUCCAUAAGAAGGAAGGCAACAACAUUCCAGGUGGAGAAGAGGGAGCUCUGGUGGCCUAA